AUGGGAAAGAAGGACAAGAAGGCAGCCGCGGCGGCGAAUGGAGAGGCCGCAGCCGCAACCGGUCUACCAUCCACAGAAUUUAUGAUUAAACCCGAGACCGCGACGCCCAAAUUGGAUACGUCUACUUGGCCCCUACUCCUUAAAAAUUAUGACCAGCUGCAUGUCCGAACGGCGCGAUACACUCCCAUCCCUAUGGGGUCGUCGCCCCUCAAGCGGCCACUGAAAGAAUAUUUGCGAUACGGUGUGAUCAAUUUGGACAAGCCUGCCAAUCCGUCGUCGCACGAGGUGGUGGCGUGGAUCAAGCGGAUUCUGCGUGUGGAGAAGACCGGGCACUCCGGCACGUUGGAUCCCAAGGUCACGGGUUGUUUGAUCGUGUGCAUAGACAGGGCCACGCGGUUGGUCAAAGCUCAACAGGGUGCAGGAAAGGAAUACGUGGGCGUGGUUCGUUUGCACGGUGCCAUCGAAGGGGAGAGCAAGCUGGUGCGUGCGGUUGAGACCCUGACCGGCGCUCUCUUCCAACGACCACCCCUUAUCGCCGCAGUCAAACGGCAGCUCCGCAUUCGGACAAUCUACGAGAGCAAACUGUUAGAAUACGACGAGAAGCGGCAUUUGGGGGUGUUUUGGGUGAGCUGCGAGGCCGGAACGUACAUACGGACGCUGUGUGUGCAUCUGGGGUUGCUGGUGGGCACCGGGGGGCAUAUGCAGGAACUUCGACGGGUCAGAUCGGGGGUUUUGACGGAGAACGACCAUCUCAUGACCAUGCAUGAUGUGCUGGACGCUCAAUAUGCCUACGAUACGUAUAAGGAUGAAUCGUACCUUCGGCGGGCGGUCUUGCCCUUGGAAAUCCUAUUCGCGAAUACGAAGCGGGUUGUGGUGAAGGACAGCGCGGUGAACGCCAUAUGUUACGGGGCCCGUCUAAUGAUACCUGGCCUGCUUCGCUUCGCGGACGGCAUUGAGGUCAACGACGAGGUCGUGAUGGUGACGACAAAGGGCGAGGCCAUCGCCGUAGGCAUCGCCCAGAUGACCACAGCGGUCAUGGCGACCUGCGACCAUGGGAUGGUAGCGAAGAUCAAGCGGGUGGUGAUGGAGCGGGACACCUAUCCACGGCGGUGGGGGUUGGGCCCGGUGGCGACGAAGAAGAAAGGGCUGAUGAAGGAAGGGAAGUUGGACAAGCAUGGAAGACCGAACGCGGAAACGCCCCAAGACUACCUGGAAGCAUUUGAGGGGAAAAAUGGACCUGCGGCUCAAUCGGGUGCGGGAGAAAGGGUGGAAAGCGGAGAAGCGAAGGAGGUGAAGAAGGAGAAAAAAAGUAAGAAGGAAAAGGCAGUUGCCGCGGAGGAGAUGGUGGCUGCAACAAGCGGUGACGAAGGAAAUGGCGGAGAGGCGAAAAAGAAGAAGAAGAAGAAGGAAAAGAAGCGGCCUGCUGAAGGAAGUGCCUCAUCACCCGAGGCUGCGGAGAAGAAGAAGAAGAAAAAGAAGAGCAAGGGCGAGGAAUGA